AUGAAUUCUGUUCGUCCAAUGCACGUUUUUAUUCUUGUCAUUUCUUUGCUCUCAACUCUCGCUUAUUGUUUAAUAAGUCCCAAUGCUCCCACUGCUUCUAAGCAAAGCUUUAUACCAACAGGUCGUAAUGGUCUUGUUAAUGAUAAAAUCAAUUUUAUUGGUGGUAGUGUAAGCGAUGACGACUUUUCAAUGAAAUAUUUUUAUUGGGAACUCAAUAGCGGUCUAGAACUGAAGUUUAACUACAAAAAUUCUACAAUGGGUCCAAUGAUUAAAAGAGCAGAUGGUAACGAUGAACAAUUGGUGCUUGAUGGGGAAAUUAUGGCAAAUACACAACCAAAAGUUCUUUACAAAUUCGACUUAAGUGACCCUGGAUUAGUGUCGUUCAUGAAACUGACGGUCAAAGAACCUGAAAAAGUUUAUACUGAAGUCGUAAAAGAUGCAAGCGCCACUUUAUUACAUGAUGGUAAAAUUGUAUACGUCGGUGGGAAGAUACGUGGUAAUUCUGAAUUUGUUAGCCCUUUCAUGGUAUUGAUAUAUGAUACCACGAAUUCAAUUUGGACUCAAAUGAGGAUUAAAAGCAGCGUCGAAGGUAGAGAUCCUAUUCGCAGAGCUGGACAUUCGGCAGUUUUAGGUCCUGAUGACUUGAUUUACAUUUAUGGAGGUUAUAGCGAAGGACCUGUCGGCAAAGAAGUGGCAUUCAUGACCUUAGAUACGAAUACAUGGGAAUAUACUUUCCUUGAUUAUGAAACCUCCCCAACCGAGAUUCAAUCAUACCACGUUGCAACCGUCUAUGGCAAUUUCAUGGUUAUCGCCUUUGGUUCAAUUGGUGAUGAUUCCAAAGGAACGAGGAUUACCAAUAUUUUUGAUUUCAAACAAAAAAAAUGGUUGGCAAAAAAAGAGGCCAGUAGUGAUUCGAAUUAUCAAGCCACCGGAUGUAAGCUAGCAUCGGAAAGAGCCGCAAUUUUGACAUCG